ACGUCAAGUACUUGGAAAAAAAAUGGUAUCUUUGUUUUUUUCACAGCCAAUGACACCUGCCAUAACUGGAGUAGAAGAGCAAGAUAAACUACUUGAAGAUGCGAUUGGUGUGGUCAAAGUACAAGCUUUCCAAAUGAAACAUUGCCUGGAUAAGUCCAAAUUGAUGGAUGCCUUGAAACAUGCUUCCACAAUGUUGGGGGAACUUAGAACUUCGCUUCUUAGUCCAAAGAGUUACUAUGAACUAUAUAUGGCUAUUACAGAUGAAUUGAGACACUUGGAACUUUACUUGUUAGAUGAAUUUCAGAAAGGAAGGAAAGUCACAGAUUUAUAUGAAUUGGUGCAAUAUGUUGGCAAUAUUGUGCCUAGACUAUAUUUGCUUAUCACAGUUGGAUUAGUAUAUAUAAAAACAACUCCUGGUUUAAAAAGAGAUUUGUUAAGAGAUUUGGUGGAAAUGUGUAGGGGUGUCCAACAUCCUUUAAGGGGUCUUUUCUUAAGGAAUUAUUUAUUACAGUGUACUCGUAAUAUUUUACCAGAUGUUGCAGAAGGGGACGAUGAGGAUGGCAGUGUUCGAGACAGCAUAGAUUUUGUCUUGAUGAAUUUCGCAGAAAUGAAUAAAUUAUGGGUGCGCAUGCAACAUCAAGGUCAUAGUAGAGAUAGGCAAAGAAGAGAACGAGAAAGGGAAGAACUUAGAAUUUUAGUAGGAACUAAUCUUGUAAGACUUAGUCAGUUGGAAUCAGUAACUUUAGAUAAAUAUAAAAAGCUUGUUUUGCCAGGAAUACUGGAACAAGUAGUGAGUUGUAGAGAUGCAAUUGCACAAGAAUAUCUUAUGGAGUGUAUAAUUCAAGUUUUUCCUGAUGAAUUUCAUUUACAAACACUAAACGCAUUUUUGAAAUCUUGCGCUGAGCUACAAAAUGGUGUAAAUGUAAAAAAUAUAAUUAUUUCACUGAUAGACCGUCUUGCAGCAUUUAGUCAAAGAUCAGAUGGUGUGGGAGGGCCAGGUAGCCCGAACCAAGCACCAGGAAUUCCACAAGAUGUAAAGCUUUUUGAUGUGUUUAGCGAUCAAAUUGCCACCAUUAUACAGACUAGGCAAGAUAUGGAUCUGGAGGAUGUAGUUUCCCUUCAAGUAGCUCUCAUCAACUUAGCACACAAGUGCUAUCCUGACAGAGUAGACUAUGUAGAUAAAGUGUUAUUAACAACUGUUCAAAUAUUCCAAAAGCAAAACGUAGUUAUAAAGUCGGACUACAACGUUGGUGUCUCAAGGGAAUUAUUAAGACUGCUGAAGAUUCCAAUAGAUAACUAUAAGAAUAUACUAACAGUUUUGAAACUUGAACAUUUUGCUCCAUUAUUAGAGUAUUUUCAUUAUGAGGGUAGAACAAUUAUAGCUAUGCAUAUAAUAACAAGUAUUUUGGACAAUGAAACUUUAAUACCAACUCAAGAACAAGUAGAUGCAGUGCUUUCUAUGGUGUCUGCAUUUGUGCAAGAUCAGCCAGAUCAGCCUAAUGUAGAGGAAGAUCCGGAAGACUUUGCAGAAGAACAAAGUCUUCUUGGUAGAUUGAUACACCACUUUAAGGCUGAAACAGCCGAUCAACAAUACAUGAUAUUGAGUGCUGCUAGGAAACACUUCAGUGCCGGUGGAAAUAAGAGAAUAAAAUAUACUCUACCGCCAAUUGUGUUUCAGGCGUAUCAAUUAGCUUUUACAUACAAGGGAUUAAAGGAUCAAGAUGAAAUGUGGCAAAAGAAGUGUCAGAAAAUAUUUCAGUUCUGUCACACAACUAUCACUGCAUUAAUGAAGGCCGAGUUGGCUGAGUUACCGUUAAGGCUAUUCCUUCAGGGUGCCAUAGCAAUCGGUGAAAUUCGUUUUGAUAAUUUUGAAAUGGUUGCUUAUGAAUUCAUGAGUCAAGCAUUUUCUAUAUAUGAAGAUGAAAUAAGUGAUUCAAAAGCUCAGCUGGCAGCAAUUACAUUAAUUAUUGCUACAUUUGAGCAAAUGAGUUGUUUCAGCGAAGAGAAUGCGGAACCUGUUCGCAAUCAAUGUGCCUUGUAUGCUAGCAAGCUAUUGAGAAAACCGGAUCAGUGUAGAGGUGUUGCCACUUGUUCUCAUAUAUUCUGGUCUGGCAAAUCAUUAGCAACGGGAGGAAAAGAAAUGCAAGAUGGCAAUAAAGUGCUAGACUGUUUGAAGAAAGGCAUUAGAAUAGCUAGUCAGUGCAUGGAUACCUCAGUUCAAGUACAACUUUACGUUGAGUUACUUAAUCAUUAUAUUUACUUCUACGAGAAAGGAAAUACAGCAGUAACGGUUCAAAUUUUGAAUCAAGUAAUUGCAAAAAUUAGGGAAGAACUUCCCAAUUUAGAAGUGAGUGAAGAGACGGAACAAAUUCAGAAGCAUUUAGCUAAUACGUUAGAACAUUUAAGAAACAGGAUGGAAUCUCCGGAAGCUGAUGGUCUUUCGUAUCAAGGACUUGUUCUAUAA